CAAGGGGGCUGGAGAUGAUUAUUUCAUUACCUCGGGGAAUUGGGAAUUUGCUCUAGACGAGGACAUCCAUCUCUACCCUCUUCCUCGUCCAGUCUUAGAGGGCAAGGGUAAGAGCCUAGUAUUCAGCUUUACCUGUUUUUCUUAAAAGUGUUAAAUACUUUAUUUGUUUCUGAUGCCUGUUCUUCUUGCAGCUGUUCGUCAGCUAUCGAAAAUUCGCCAAUCCUUUGUUCCCAGUAAGGAUUUAAAGAAUUUACUGGACCUGCCAGUUCAGAAGCGAAAGGCACCCCUGCUUCUCAACUUCAUCCCAACAUACAGAUCAGCUCUUCUCGACGUCCCCAGGAAAAAGAAGAAGAAGAGCUCAUCUCCUCCCUCUGCUACAAUUCUUCUAGUUGCUUUAUCAUCGCGAACAGACCAAGGAUCAACCUCUGAUCCAGCAGAACAGCCGUCGACCUCGGCUCCAUACCUCAUUCCACCAUCCCAAAGAAAGCGUCGCCGACGUCUUGUUCUUGCAGCUGAGAGGGGUCGCGCAAAGCCAGUUGCUAAAGACCUCCUAGCCAACAUUCCAUCAUCUAUUGACGAACAGCCAACACAAACCCAACCUCCAGAAAAACCAAAAAGAAUUAAGAAAGCUCAACCGAAGGCGAAAGUGACUCAGGUUGAGACUGAGGACACUUUGCCAGCCCCACAAUUGGCUCCAACUCAAAAAACUGCCUCUGUCCCUUCGAAGAGGUCUGCCGAAGUACUUCCUUCCGAAUCCUCCAAACCAAAAAGGUCGAGGUCAUCUGCAACGACUUCGGGGUCAAAGAAACCAGCUGUCUCCUGGGCCCCCGAAAUCACCCUAGAGGAUAAGCCUGUAAUGGCAAGUGACAGUGCCGACGAUAUCAAUGUCGGCGUUGCACUCAGUACCGCUCUACUUCUCCCAAGUGACUUGGAGCGGAACGCCAAGUACAGCGAGUAUGAAAAUUAUGCCUUAAUGUUACAGCACUCUGUUCAGGCCAUCCAGCAUGCUCAUUCUUUCUCAAUGCAGUCUUUUGAGAAUCGGCAAAAGCUGGCCGACAUGAAGAAGGAGUUCUCUUCUGUUCAAAAGAUCAAUAAAGGCCUUGAAUCAAAAGUGAAGAAGUUGGAGGAUCAAGCCGAAGCUGCAAUUAAAGCUCAGAAUAAUGCCGAAGAGAAGGCUGAGGCUACCGAGGCUAUCAGAAAGGUGGCUGAGUCUCAAAGGAGAGAGGCCGAGGAAAAAAUGGCCCAAGCUGAGAAAGAGCUUUAGGAGGCCCUGGCCACCAAAGAAGCUGAAAUCAAAGAUGCUGAUGAAAAGGCGUAUUCACAGGGUAUGGCCGAUGUCACUGAGCCCUACGAAAAACAAGUGAAGGAGGCAUGCAACAAGGGUUUCACCCUUGGUUGGAUGUCCCUUCUGAAAAAACUUAAUAUUCCUGAUGACUCUCCAUUGCGGAAGGCCGACGCCAUUCCCCUGCCAUUUCCUCCAGCCCUAAUUCCAAGUGAAGAUGUCGGCGAAUCUGAUGCUGAGGAUGAGGCUGAUGAGGAAGAGGAUGAGGCUUUGAUUAGAAAAUCAAAAGAUGCUGAUGGGGCCAAGUCCCCUCUUCAGAAUGAGCAAGUCCUAGACUUGACUCAAGAUGAAGAAGGCGAUGAGGUUAUCCAAGAAGUUGUUCCUGACAUCACACCAGCCGACGUCCCUUCUGAGGUCAAGACUGUUGAAGAAACUCUUUAAGAAAUUGACGCCGAGAUAGUAGCAGAGAAGGAGGCCGAGGUGGUAUCUGAUCUUCAAAUUCAACAAUCUGGCGGAGAGGAGCCUUAGCUCUAAGUUUUCUUCUUACUUGUAUUUUCUUGUUUUCUUUAUCUUUGGGAACAACGUAUGUUUUUGUAUGGCCGAUGUGCCCCCCUUUUUCCUUUGAAUGUUAAUACGACAUUUCUCUUUUAUUGAAUGCUUGU